UAUUUUACUUUAACGUAAAGUCACUGUUCUUACCUUUAACGCUAAAACAACACUGAUAAUAACGACAGCCGGUGUGAUGUGUUAACCGGCGAUUUAUAUCGUUUUGUAGUUGUACUUGUAAAUACCUGUUAUGUGUUCGUUGGUAAUUACCGGUACGAUCCCCGCUAGCUCGUCUGUCAAUAAACAUGGCUUUGAGACGAGCGCUGCAUUUUGUUUUCAAAGUUGGUGACAGAGCCAAAACUGCCAUCUUUUACAGAGAUGUUCUGGGCAUGAAGGUUUUACGACACGAAGAGUUUGAGGAAGGCUGCAAAGCAACUUGUAAUGGACCCUAUGAUGGGAAAUGGAGCAAGACAAUGAUUGGCUUUGGUCCAGAGGAUGACCAUUUUGUUGCUGAGCUGACAUACAACUAUGGUGUGGGAGAAUAUCAACUUGGCAACGACUUUUUGGGGCUCACUCUGCAGUCAAGCCAAGCUGUAAGCAAUGCUAAACGUCUUGGGUGGCCUCUCACUGAGGUGGGAGAGGCUCUGUAUCUGACCCAGGCUCCUGGAGGUUAUCCCUUCUAUUUGGUGGAUAAAGAGCAACCUCUAAGUGACCCUGUGCAGAAGGUUUGUCUUGGGGUAUCUGACCUCCAAAGAUCAACUCACUACUGGUCCACACUCUUGGGGAUGAAAGUGAUGGACAAAAAUGAGGAAAAGAAGACAGUGCUGAUGGGAUUUGCAGACACUCAAUGUAAACUGGAGCUUCGUGACAUUGGAGCGACAGUCGAUCAUGGAACAGCGUUUGGGAGAAUAGCGUUUUCAUGCCCGCGGGAGCAACUGCCAGAUAUUGAAGCCUUGAUGAAAAAGGAAAAUCAGAAAAUUCUCACCCCACUAGUCAGCCUGGACACUCCUGGAAAAGCUACAGUAGAAGUGGUUAUUUUGGCUGACCCGGAUGGCCAUGAGAUUUGUUUUGUGGGAGAUGAGGCUUUUAGGCAGCUGUCCAUGGUGGACCCCAAAGGAAAUGAAUUGCUUGAUAAGGCUAUGGCUGAAGAUAAAAGUGAUGAAUGGUUUGCCAAACACAACAAACAGAAGGCUGCUGCAUGAGGUGGAGGAGCUGACCCAUAUCUUUUUCACCAGUUAAUGAGGAUGAGAUGUUGUGCAAAGCACCUGUAGCAUAGAUCUUCUAACUCAGAUAUCCUUAGACUGGCAGUGAGAAAUUUAUUUUUAUGUCACACUGAGCCUUGAGGUGCUGUGAUAAUGGAUUUUUUUUUCCCCAAUAAAUAUUAUUUCUAAAAGAAAAAAAAAAUCAAGUCAGUUUUAUUUAUUUAACACAUUUCAAGAAAAAAAAAAGCUGACUCAAAGUGCUUUACAGGCACAUUCAUUUGUGAUCCAAUCAGGCCUCAAGAACCCAUAAACACACCCAACUCACAAAAACAGACAAUAUAAUAAAAAUAAUAAUUGAGAAAGAAGUCUGAAAAUUAGAAUAAAAAUGUAACCAAAUUCUAAUAAUGGUAAAGCAAUUCUAAAAACAAUCAAAUAAAAGAGCAUCAAAAAACGUUUAGGGUGAGUUUAACCAAACCAUGAGGGACCACAGACUUGACUAAAAGCAACUGAAAAAGAGAUGAUUUAAUAUUGGACAGGCUAUUUCAGAACCUAGGGACAAUAACUACAAAGGCCUGUUUGCCUUUAGUUUUAAGGAGAGAAGUUAAUCCCAACAUAUUAACUAAUACAAGUAUCACCAGGACUUCUAGCAAUUUUCUUCCACUUAUCCAGCUCAUGGCUGUGGGGGAGCUGCAGCCUAUCCCAGCUGCAUAGGGUUAAGGUAGGGUAGACCCAGGACCUAUCCUGGAGAUGUUGGGGAAACCACCGGUCUUUCACAGGGCUAACACAGAGAGACAGACAAUCAUUUGCACUUAUGUUCACACCUAUGGGCGCUUCAUGAUCACCAAUUAACCUAACCUCACUAACUGCAUGUCUUUGGACUGUGGGAGGAAGCCAGAGAACCCACACAGACACUGGGGAGAGGGGGCUUGUAUGCAUCUGUACACACAGAUUUGGCAUUUUAAUAUUCUGUCCAUGGAGAAAAACAACUUUAUUUAGAAAAAAUGUGCCCUACAUAUUAAAUAAAAGCUAAAAUAAAUGUUUUGCAUAGAAUCUGCCUUAUUUUUUGGUGUUCAUUUGUUGCAGCUUUUUAUACAUUUGAAGCCAAUUAAAUGAUCAAAACCCUGGCAGGUGGUUUGGGGGGGAUAAUCCUAAACUCUGGAUGCACAGUCAAAUGGAAGUAAACUGUUUAUGCUUUGUAACA